AGAACACCGCCUCCCUGGCCAUUUUGGCUCGAGCUGCGCCCGCGCUGUGAGUUGCGGCGAGGCAGAGCUCGCCGGCCCUUGCUUGAAUCAGCGAUCUCAUUUUUGCGGGAGCACUGCAGUCAUGCCAUGGCGGUGGUCGCGGUAUCGGUAUCAGUCGUGGUUGUGUUGGCUUGGCGCGGAGAGGCGGUAGAUUGCCGAGGAUUGUACUGAUUACCCCUACACGGAAUCAGUCUUUGUUUCCACGCGCACGGUGCUGACCAAUCAGCCCAAACCACUCCAUUUACGAUUUGAAUCCGAACACGGCAGUGAAUGCAGACAGAAACUACACGAUCCCAGAGAGCUCUACAUAUGUGGGUUCAGCCACCGAUUCUUCCCUUUCCUCAGCGCGCAUCGAUCUCUCCGCAAAGGGUGGCGUAGUCGGCGUCUUCUACAACGCAGCCAUGCUGUACUCCCCCUACGGUGGCCCUUCCGACGGCUCCGUCACAGUCUGGCAAACCUUGGCUAAAUAUGCGGAGGGCAACACAUUUGACCCGUGCGGAGGUCAUGGAUCUUGCGCCACCAGUCCAUCGUACCACGUCCAUGUGCCAUCCAGCUGUCUGUUGAAUCGGUUCCCGCGGUCCUGAUGGUACGAUGAUGCAGACGUGCACGGCGACGGGAUGGAGAUACGGGACAGACGUUUGCACUGACGAUAGCGGCGGAUACUGCAGUGCCGACGAUUCCAUCGACGAGUUCGCGUACAGUACGCUUGGCCAGUACAACGACGGCACCAGCAAUGAUGCAUCCGGCUGCUCGUCGCCCACUUCUGAGCACUUCCCUAGCACACCGAUGUGCUUCCGGGGCUGCUGCUCCAGUGGAGUGUCUUGCUCCAGCAGCAUCGCGAGCUGCCCGUCCUCGGGCACCCUGGACGGGGUCACCAGCGAUUACGCGGACUCCGUGCCGACAGUCAACGAUCUCUCUGUGGCAGGUGGGCUCCCGCUGAACACCGCGGCCUGCGAUCACGACGACAUCGCGUGCGGUUCGUGCUCGGAGUGCGGGUGGAGAUCGGCGCAAGCGCGGGCACGUGCGUGGGCGUGAGCGACGCCUCUGGAGCGCCGGCGUGGUCGAUCCGCGGCCUUGGGGCCCUGGCGCUGACCACUCUCGCAGCAUCGUUGUGAGGAGCAGGGCGGCGCCGGCGAACACGUCGCCACCGAGCGAGGCCUCCAGGGUGCCUGGCCUGCUCCGGCCGCGGCCGUGGGGCCCUGGCGCUGAUUCCGCGGUCGCGGUGUCUCCGUGGGUGAAGGUCAGGUCAGGGCGGGUCUGGGAGAGGAAGCUGCCUGCAAGCGUCGCCUCUGUCUGACGAGGCGGCGCCCAGCUUUGCCCGUCGUGAGUGUAGAGGCCUGGCGGGCGCGGCACGGUGCCGGCCAGGGUGUGGAGGUAGCAGUGAGGAUUUUGCGGUGGGAGGAGGAUUGCAACGCGCGGCGGCGCGGUGGAGCCGAUAUGCGAGAAUGCCAUUGUUCUUAGUGUGCGGGCGCCAUGUAGCUGGGACUGGGACUGCGGCACCCUGUUGACUCCGAGGCGUAAGGCGCAAGGCCGAAGAGCCCACAGAACUCUUGCUUCCAAAGUCACGCUUUAAGCACGCGCGCCACUGGCGUCCUACAGAAAGAUGAACUACGAGAGCAGCGCCCAUGCACCGGGCCAUCUUUCGGACUCCCUUCACGUGCCAAGCUGGGCCCGAAACUGGGCGAAACCGGGCGAGGGCGCCCACGUAUGGAAAAUUGAGACGCCUGGA